UGUAGUUAAAUUAACAGUUAAUUGUUUAAUUUAAAUUUCCAUUGGUUAUUAAUUUAAUUUGUUUCGGUGUAACAAUCAACUGAUACAUUUAAUUUCGAUUUAAAUAGAGAAGGUUAGUUAAUUAACCAAAGUAUAUUUUAUUCUGUGUAAAGAAAAUUUUGUGAAUUUGGAAAAUUCUUUUCGAUUACCAGAAUGGAAAUAAAACCAAAAGAUGGUCUCAUAUAUAUCAAUGAUGAACUAAUGAAAAAGCUGGAAGGAAGAUCUGUCAUUGAAACUCUUUACGGAGAAAAUCGUUUAACCAUUAGUGAUCAAAAAGAAGGAUCUUCCAGUACUCCUUCCAGUACUCCUUCCAGCUCUAAAUCGGAAUCUUCAGUGAAUGGGUUUAGUAUGAGAAAAGUAAGACAACCUCCAGGUCAAGCGGACAACUGUUGUCAAAAUAAAGGUCUCAUGCUUGGUUGCCGCGCUUGUAUCUUACAGAAAACAGACCUUGAAAUAAAACAGCGAUGGGCUAACAAGCUAUUACCUGGUGAAGAUUGGGAUGUUGACGAUGAUGAAGACUAUAUUCAUGCCCAUGAUGCUGUUGAAGUGGUUACUGUUGUCGAUGAGGUUGAUCCUAAUAUAAAAUGGACCAAACUUGAAGGUAAUCAGUCAACUUUUGGACCAGUUUCGAAAAAAAUGUUCACCGAUUGUAUGGAAGCUUAUGAUGUGCUCGAAGUGAAUCUCAGUGUCUGUCCAAUUGAACUAUUUGACUCUACCAUGUGGACAUCAAUGGAAUACAUUCAACGUCUAAAUCUCUCGGGCUGUAAUCUUGAGUCAGUUCCUGAACAGAUUAGAUCUUUACGUAAUUUGCGUCAUCUCGAUCUUAGCUACAACGAUUUAUCAUCUUUCCCUGAUUGGUUUUGUGAACUUUGUCUACUUGAAAAACUUGACGUUUACAGCAACAAAUUUUCGUGUUUAUCUGAUGAAAUUUGUAAAUUGUCCAACCUCAACUGCUUGAACUUUGGUGCCAACAACAUUGCCGCUUUACCUGAGAGAUUGGGUGAACUAACCAAUCUCACGUGCAUUGAAGGUCCUUAUAACAAGCUUGUAGCAUUACCUGAUUGUUUCGGCUCUUUGAAAUUGAUUACCAAGAUCGAUUUCAGGCACAAUUUUAUUCACAAGCUUCCACCGUCUUUUGCUGAUUUGACCAUGUUAGAUGAAAUCGAUUUGUCUGAAAAUAUUUUGGUCAAUCUACCGGAAACCAUCAAAUUUGCCUCAACAAUUUCCACCAUCUUGAUUGAUAGCAACUUUAUUUCUGAAUUACCAGAGUGGUUUGGUUGCCUACCGAAGCUAAAAAACUUUUCAUGCAAAGCCAACAAACUUGUGGGAGAUUCAUUGAGAGAAGAUUUUCUUGAGGCUAGUAAACAAUUGAAAGAACUGAAUUUCAAUGGAAAUGAAAUUGGAACUCUACCCGAUACAAUUGCGUCUAUUGAUACUUUGACCCAUCUCGAGGUUGGAAGUGUUGAAAUUAUGGAAAGACAACCCGACAUUAAAAAUGGAAACAAACUCAAAGUUUUACCUCCUUUAUUUGGUGUAUUGUUAAGUGAUCUCGUCGAACUGACUCUCGAUGAAAAUAAUAUUUCAGUUUUACCUGAUGGUUUUGGCUCUGGUUUGGUUAAUCUGGUGAGAAUUAAUCUUUUUCGUAAUGAACUCACUGAAAUCCCAUCAUCGUUCUGUCUCAUGAAGAAUCUGAAAGAGUGUGUCCUUUCACACAACAAGUUGAAAACUUUGCCCGAAAAUUUUGCCGAUCUUGUGAACUUGACUCAUCUUAACCUUGACCAUAAUGAGAUGAAUCAUUUCCCUCUAUCUUUCUACAAAUGUCCUGAACUGUCCACUUUGGACUUGGUCGGUAAUAAGUUCGUAGCUUUUCCUAGCAAUUUAGCUAGAUUGCCUAAAUUAACUUGUCUUGGUUUCGAUAUCGAUUUGUGUGGUAUGCCGAUUGUGAUGAGACAUCAUCUGACGGCUGAAGCUGUUUUAAAGCUUCAUAAAUCUAUUCAGCGCGGCCUUGAACAUUGGUGUCGAGAGCCAAGUUCAAUCGCCGUGCUGAAUAGUGGAAACGAAAGUUUCCUUGAAGCUUUAACUCUGGACUAUUCGUCCAGAAAGCGGAAGUGGGUUGACUCUGGAUAUUAUAGUAUCCGAGUCAACAAACACGCUCGGACUCAUUUCGAUUUUUUCAACAAGGAGACCAUGAUUUUGGACGAUGAUGACCAGUGGAAAGACGGAAAUAGGCCUCUCUCGCACCUUCAAUAUAUGAUCAACGUUGUAAACGCUGAGAAGGUGCGAGACAGGAUCCUUCAAGAGCUCGCAUUCACUGAACGGCCUCAUAUGCCGAGAUUACCAGGCAAGCCAGUUCCGGUUCCUCUGUUCAACAAGAACCCUUUAAAACAUUAUGGAAGACCAUUGGCCUAUCGACAUCUUCCACCAUUGAAGACCCGCCGCCAUUACCCUAAAGGGAAAAAACAUCAAAAAUUUAAUCUUGGUGAUUCUCUUUGUUCAACAAUUUAUGAUCAAUACAAUUUCUGUAAACCAAGUUUCCGUUCCAACAUAAUCGAUGAGGAAACACAAAAGGCAAUCGAUGAAAUCGAUGCUAAAUUCCUCAGUAUCUCAAUAUUCAAGCAGAAACAUUCGGCCUUGACCAGUGAUCCAGGGGAAGAAUAUCUGAUGAACCACAAGCGCCGAGGAAAAUGCGUCAUUUUCAAUCAUCGGCUUUUUGAGGAAAAGACAUUAAAUGAAAGAAAAGGAACUGAAAUCGAUGCUCAUGCUUUAAGAUUUUGUUUCGGUGAAUAUGGUUUCGAUGUGAAAACCUAUGAUGAUCUGUCAGUUGCUGAGGUUAUUGCCAUGUUGAAAGCUCUUUCCAAGGAAGAUCAUUCUGAUGCUGAUUGUUUCGUUUGUUGCAUCAUGACCCACGGAGAUCAAGCCAAUUUAUGGGCUCGAAAUGAUAAAUAUCCAGUUGAUCUACUCUUUGCUCCUUUUACUGCCGAUAAUUGUCCAACAUUGGCUGGAAAACCGAAAUUGUUUUUCAUCCAGGCUUGUCGAGGAGAUAAAUUAGACCCUGGUGUCGUUCUCAGAAUUGGUACUGAUGAGACGGACAGUGCUCGAUAUUAUACUAUUCCUACUUGGGCUGAUUUCUUAAUCUCAUACUCUACGGUUCCUGGUUACUACUCUUGGCGUAAUACCCGAGAUGGAUCUUGGUUCAUGCAAUCGUUAGCAGAAAUCAUGCUAAAAGAUGGAUCGGAAAUAUCAUUUCUCGAUGUGAUGACAAAAGUUAACCGAAGAGUCGCUUAUGAUUUCACCUCAUCAAUGGCCGCCGAAAAGAAAUUCGAUAAACAAAAACAAGCUCCAUCAACUGUCCAUAUGUUAACUCGUCGACUUGUCUUACGCCCAAAAGGCCACAAAAAUGAAAAUCGAUCAAUGGCUGUUAGAAAUGGUGAAACCAUCUCUGAGAAUAUGAUUAACAACAACAUAACAACAACCACAGCAACAAUUAAAGUUACACCAACAUCGAUUGCCGCAGUUGCCAAUACAACAUCAGUCGUGACAACAACGAAAAUGAUAGAAGUUCAAUCUAAAUCGAUUACCCAUCAAGUAACUAAAGAUGUUAAAAUUUAGCGAAGUUAAUUAUUUACUAACAUUUAACUCACCUAAUUCUCUAUUACAAUUGCUCACAAUUUUAUGCUCUCUCUCUCUCUUUCCCUUAAUUACUUUAAUUUCUCUCAAAAUAACCAAUUAAUUUUCUAUCAUUUUUUAUUCAACACUGAAGAAAUUUUUUUGCAUCCAAUUAACGUUAAUUAUGGAAAAUCAAUAAAUUAACUAAUUAUUAUUUCACUUUA